GCUGGGCGUUGCGCUGUUCCGCCCCACAGCUCCAAGGGCUCCGCGGUGCCGGUUGCGCGCUGCCUGUCGCGCCGUGGCAGCCGGCUCGCGGCGGGGCAGCCAUGUUCUACAGCAGCACGCAGCGGCGAUUCUGGACCUUCCGCAGUGAGGAGGAGCUGGCGAGGAGCCGGGCCGAAGCCAACCGCAAAUUUCGUAGCAAAGCUGUUGCCGGCGGGAAGGUGCAGCAGGGUGAGUCCUUCCUGCUGGAGGCCCACGAGGAGCUGGCGAUAUGCAAGUACUACGAGAAGAGGCUGCUGGAUUUUUGUGCCGUCUUCAAGCCUGCCAUGCCGCGGUCUGUAGUGGGAACGGCUUGCAUGUAUUUCAAACGUUUUUAUCUCAAUAACUCAGUGAUGGAGUACCAUCCUCGGAUAAUAAUGCUAACGUGUGCGUUUUUAGCCUGCAAAGUAGAUGAGUUUAACGUGUCCAGUGCUCAGUUUGUUGGUAACCUUCGAGAAAGCCCUGUUGGACAAGAAAAAGCUCUUGAACAGAUACUGGAAUAUGAACUACUGCUUAUUCAGCAGUUGAACUUCCAUCUUAUUGUACACAAUCCAUACAGGCCAUUUGAGGGAAUUUUAAUUGAUUUGAAGACUCGGUACCCAUUGAUAGAAAAUCCUGAAGUUUUAAGGAAAACGGCUGAUGACUUCCUCAGUCGAGUGGCUCUGACAGAUGCGUAUCUCCUCUUCACGCCCUCACAGAUAGCUCUCGCUGCUAUACUAGCUAGCGCUUCAAGAGCAGGAAUUAAUAUAGAAAGUUAUUUAUCAGAGUGUUUUAUGCUGAAAGACAACAGAACAUUCUUGUCCAAACUACUGGACGGCAUGAAAAGCAUGAAAAAUCUUAUAAAGAAGUACGAACUUCCAAGACCUGAAGAGGUUGCAGCUCUGAAACAGAAGUUAGAGAAAUGUCACAGCUCAGAACUUUCACUUAAUAAUAAUGUGCUUAGGAAGAAGAGGAAAAUUAGUGAAGAAGAUGAAAACUCCAAGAAGCCUAAACUGGAUGAGGAAGAAUGGACUGAUGAAGAUGUUGUGGAUUUGUGAAGCCUAUUCCUGUGCUUACUGUUCUGUGGCACACUUGAACCUGCCUGUAGAAGAUUCUGUAGGCUGAAGCAUGAGGUAUUUUUAUAUGGUUUUUAAUUUCCUCAAAAUAAAACAUUUAUUUGAAGGUUUAGUUGAUUGUAGCUCAAGUUUUGGUUUAGCAGCGCCUUCAGAUGCAACUUAAGAACAGGGUUACAGCACAGCAGUACAUUAUGUCCAUUCUGGCGUUUAGCAAAGUGGUUAAAUACAAGUGCAAUGCAGAUCUGCUAAUAAAUUCUGAAGUACUUGAGAGCAAGAUCUGCUGCUGUGCUCUGCCCAGGCUUGUCACUGAAACUGCUACGAGAACAUAACCUUGCUCAUAACAUCUCGUUGUGUUUGAGAAGCUCUUCCCAAGUGUACUAAGGGGCUGCAGGCAAAUUACUUAUCAUACUAGAAGUUAUGUUCAUGGUUUUGUGACUUGUCUCCUGCUCUGUUUCCUCUUCCUGUAGCUUUGCUCUCAGACCAGCUUGCUGUGACAAACCCUGUUUGGGGCACCCUAGGAGAAUAAUUUAAAAGAUCUUCCGGAGUAGUUAGUUACAUUGUUUCUAAAUUUAGGCGGAACUAUUUCCUUUUAAUAUGUUGCUUCAGAACACGUGCAGCUCAGAAUACAUUGAGCUGAAUGUAGCUCUGGGUUUUUCCUAGCUUUGUGUUCAUCAUAGUUUGUUUAUUUUUUUUUUUUAUUUUUUAAAUUCAUAUAAACAGAUGCAAAUCUGUUCAUCA